GGUCACGUGACUGCUCGGAUUGUUUGGGGCCGCGCGGUUCUCAGUUGGCGGGUGUUUGUUUGGCGGGUGUAAAGCUGCUCUAAAGCUGCUCUAAAGCUGCUCUAAACUGCUCUCGGUCCUAGCACAUCCUCACCCCGGACACGGUUCUCUCCAGCCCAGACCCGAGCAUGUCGGUGCGGUCCCGGAGCGCGCGGAGCGACGCGGAGAGCAGGAGUGCUGGUCCGUCCCGCUGGUCCAACUGCAGGAAGCGGGGCCUGGACGGAACCCUCCGGACCGGGGACGAGGCCCCCGACACCAGGAGCUCCAGCUUCACCACUCCGGAGAGCAGCGGCCCCGUGUCCCGGUGUGGGACCCGGGCCGAGACCCGGCCCGACGCCCGGGCCGAUGCACGGGGCGACGCCCGGGCCGAUGCACGGGCCGAUGCACGGGCCGAUGCACGGGCCGAUGCACGGGGCGACUGGGGCAGUCGCGUGGAGGACGAGGAGGAGAUGCGCAGGGACGUCCACAGAGACAUGCAGCGUUACAGGAGGAGGAUUCUGGAAGGAGACGGGACCCGCAGAGAGAGGAAGACCUCGUCUGGAUCCUCUGGGAGCUGUGACUCCAAAGAAGGAGACACCAUGGAGACGGACGAAGCUGUGUUGCUACGGCGACAGAAACAAAUCAACUAUGGCAAGAACACGCUAGCGUACGACCGCUACCUCCGAGAAGUCCCCAAGCACAUGCGUCAGCCCGGCGUUCACCCCAAAACCCCCAACAAGUUCAGGAAGUACAGCCGGCGCUCCUGGGACCAGCAGAUCAAGCUGUGGAAGGUGAAGCUGCACGCCUGGGACCCCCCUGCUGCCGAGCAGCCGCCCCAGGACGGCAGUGACCAGCUGGACCUCGGGGACGUCAUGGACAUCGAGCUGGACUUCCCGUCUCUGGUGGACCCCCAGGACCCCCUGGACGCUGCACCGGCCAAGCCCCCCCCGUCUGAGGACCAGGACUGUUCAGAGACGCCCGUCAAAGUCCAGAGGACAGAACCCACAGAGGAGCCGGACAUGGCGUAGAGGACCCGGCGCUGGACACCCGGCACCAGAGAGUCCUGGUGGGGGACCAGGGUCCACGUUCUACUCUGUUCUUAGUCCACACCACUCAGGGGGGUCUCGUCUCCAGACCACAUUUUACCGGUGCUUUUUAUCCUGGUCUGACGGACCAGUUCUGGUUCUGGUUCUGGUUCACAGAGAAGUCCAGGUAAAACCAGCUCCACCAGGAGUUCAGAAGCACUGAUCAGUUUAACGUUGGACUGUGUAAGGUUUUAAUAACAGCUGUUUAUAAUCGUUUGUGUUGUGACUUUCAAAUAAAAAACAAUUGGAACAUCUGGUUGGAAGAUGUUCACCCAUAAUGUCCCUGCUGUUCCGUCUCUGCUCUGUCUCUGCUCCAUAAACCCUCCCAGAGCUGCUGACCUGGAGGCCCGGCCACAUCAGGCACUGUUUCUUUAUUGUACAGUUUUAAGACUCGGGGAAACAAGUUCUGCGUUCAUGAAUAAAAAUA